CAUAAGAUAGUUUGAAACUAAAUCUUAAACCUCACAAUCCUAUAUAAAGUGUUCAAUGCUCUCCUUUUAGAAACAAUAUGUCACUAAUAAAAAAAAUGGAGAGUUGUUGAUUCAAGUCAUCUAUAUACUACAAAUUCAGCUAAGAGGGGACCAUCACAACUUGAGAGCAAACGGAAAAAAUCAGGGUUAUCUCCAAUAUGCGAAUAGACUUGAUCAAAGUAAUAAGGCGCAAAAUUAGACACUCCUUAUCUAUUAGUUCCAGUAGGUUGAAUAAAGAAGCGACCUAUUUCAAACAAUCAAUCAAUGAUUCCUCGUUUUAAGAUAGAAAUAGGUUGUGACAGUUGCAAAAACCAUAAACCUAAAGAUCCAAUACCCACCACUCUCCGUUGUACAACCAAAUUUCUAUCUCAAGAGGCAUAUAUUCAACCAAAAAUUCAAUUUCUAAUCUUCCUUCUACAACUUCAGUUAUUGAUGAACUCCAUUCUAUUCGCCAUGAAUUGAUAUCGAAGUUGAAAUCUUCUACUCGCCCAGCUUAAAAUCCCAACAAUAAAACCGUAGUGCCAAGAGAUAUCUGAAGAUUGAUUUUCAAUGACAGUCUUGUACUGGGAAGUGAAAGGCGCAAACUAUUGCACGAUGGAUGAAAUUUCGGAGGAAGUUAGAAAGAGAAAAGAACAAAGAUAAAAAAACAAUAAAUUUAAAUUUAAUUUGAAAAAUGCAAGGAUACAACACGUAGUUACAUAAUUAGUUUCUUCCAUGUUAGCCAAUUACCCAUUUAAAAUGGAAGAAAAUUACAUGAAACUCUACUAUGAAAAUAGAAGUAUCAAGCUCGAUAAAAAUACAUACAUUAGACUUAGUGAGCUUGCUAAUUAUGAUUAAAAAGUCCUCUGAUUUUCAGAGAUUAACUUUGUCUAUUUUUUGUAUAAAAAAGGAUGCAAUAAAUUUGUUUAGUGUAACUGGUUGUUAUUGUUAUCUUUGUUUGAAGAGACCCGGGUUCAAAUCUUGAUAUUGCUAUUUUAUAUGAAAUAAAUAAUAAAUGUGUAAAGACAAAAAUGACCUUCCUAUUUUCACUCUCGUUGCAGGAAAUUUGAAAUGGAGAAAAGUACACAAAACUCUACCAUAUAUUAAUGGAGGAUUGUUUAGAUUUAGAUUAGAUUAGAACAUUAGAUUUAGAUUUAGAGUAGACUUGUAGAUUACUAAUGUCUGAUGAUGAGAUAAACAUUCCAAACUGAUCCGUAUCCCUGUCCUCUCCAUGUUUGGGUACAAAGUGUUGGAUUUGGGCCCAAAUUACAAAGUACAAACAUAUACAUAGGCGAGCCUAGCUAUUUCCACGAAGUUUAUCGGGUCCAACUGGGCCUAAUCGAGUGUUCGAUUAUUUUCUUAAUGGGCCCUAUUGUCCAUUCUAUUCCAUGCUGCCGCAGAGUGAGUAUUCCCUUUCCUUUCACACUUCCUCCUCCCCCUUGGUCCCACCCACACCAGAUCCAAUCUGAGCCCAACCCUAGCACUACUCAAACUUGAAUGAAGACCAGCAGUUAAACAAGUACACGAAAAAACAAAAAUACAGGACACGUAAGAACAUAGGUCAGCGGUCAGUUUCUGUGUCUGUGCACUCCUGUCCACUCGCUUGCUGGACUGAACUAGCUCUCCUUCAGUUCCCGGUCAGCUUCCCUCCUCCCUGCCCGAAUCAUCGUCAUCCCCAUCCAACAAACCACCACCACAAAACGAAAGGGGAAAAAAAUCACAAAAUACACACGUUAUAAAAAAUAUUUCCCAAAAUACACAUGUUUUGGGUAUCACCACUGUUGUCAACUGUAGGCAUUCACCGUGGUGAUACUCAAACAUGUGUAUUUUGUGAAUUUUUUUUAUAACUUGUGUAUUUUGAAUUUUUUUUAAAACAUGUUUAUUUAGAGAAUUCAUCUCACAAAAGGAGAGGUAAAAGUAAAAACAAAUAAAAAAGGAAAACACUAAUCAACAAAUAUAAACUUAAAAACGAAAAGCACAUUUCCAAAAGGAUAAAGUUUUUACAAACUGGCUGCUUAGUAUUAUUAAUCAUAACUAAUAGACAAUACCAGUGCAAUUGAUAGUUUAACAAUACUUUGCAUUGCAACUUUCAAGCGAUGUGAAGGUGGUUCGUUUUCCUAAUUAUAUUAGGGUUAUAGGUAUAAUAUGCCCCUCUAUUAUGUUGUUUUAUCAAACAUGUUCCUCUACUAUUUUUUACAUCAAAUAUGUCCUUGUACUUUAGAAAAAUGAUCAAACAGGCCCUUCUGUUAAUAUUUUCAUCCCAAAACAGUCAAUCAUGGUCGUACCUUGGUUUGGGCGACACAAAUGUCUAAAAUAUCCUUGGUAAUUUCACUUUAAAAUUUUUUGGUUUCUUUUGUAGAGCCAAAUACCUCUAAUAAUUUCACUUUAACGAGACCUAGAAAAUAAAAUGGGGAACAAAACUGACAUUUUCGCUCUUAUUUUCCAAUGUCGGGUCAUCUACAUCUCGGUUCAACCAUGGUUGGCGAUUUUUUUAAUGAAAAUUUUAACAGAAGGGCAUGUUUGAUCAUUUUUCCAAAGUAAAAGGGCAUGUUUGAUAUAAAAAAUAGUCUAGGGACAUGUUUGAUAAAACUACAUAAUAGAUGGGCAUAUUAUACCUAUAACCGAUUAUAUUAUAAAUCGCUUUAUUCAGAGGCGAUCAACUAAUGAUCGAUUUUGUCUGAAAUGAUUUACUUUGGAUUCUGUCGCCAACAAUUAAAGUAUAAAUCGUUUUUCUAACAAGUGAUUUGAUCAAAAUAUGUGUAUUUUGGAAAUUUAUAAAAUCUACUGUUCUUGAGAAUUUAAAAAAAGAACGUAUAUGUAUGUGUUAUUCUUUGAGCUGAAGAUUCACGGGGUCACUCGUUCUGUUUGUUGGAAGAGAGUCGCCAGGCCAGACGGCUUCAUUGAUUGUACUGUUCAUUUCCCACCAAAUCAGGGUCUUCUAUUCAAAGAAUUUACUCCAUUUUUGUCUUUUCUUCCUAGUAGAUAUUUUUGUAAGGCCUGAACUUUGACCAAGAUAAAUAUUCUGGUCAAUCUUUUCGAUGUAUAACAUCUUGGCCCGAACUAUACAUCAAAUAAACAAUUUGGCCAGAUCCUACUUUUGACCGUUAACUUGGACGGUCAAACGCGUUGACUAACGGUCAACGCACAAUGUCAUUGCCAACUCAGCAAAUUUCAAUUAAUUUUUUUAAUUUAUACCUAUUUCCAUUUUCUUUCCUUUAUCAUUUUGAACGAAAAAAAUAAAACAAAUUUUCAAUUCAAAAUGAUAAUUUGUUUUAUUUUUUGUGCCGAAAUUGAAAAGGAAAGAAAAGAUAAUUUAAAAAUUUUAAAAAUUGUUUUAAAAAAUUAUAAUAAAAAAAAUUUGCCCAGAAAUUGAAAAUUUGUUUUAUUUUUUUUUCUAUUCAAAAUGAUAAAGGAUAGAAAAUGGAAAUAGGUGUAAAUUAAAAAAAAAUUAAUUGAAAUUUGCUGAAUUGACAGUGGCAUGGCGCGUUGACCGUCUAAGUUAACGGUCAAAAAUAAGAUCUGGUCAAAUUGUUUAUUUUGAUGUAUAGUUCAGACCAUGAUAUUAUAGAUAAAAAGAUUGGUGAAAAUGUUUAUUUUGAUCAAAGUUCAGGCCAUACAAAAAUAUUAACACAUAAAAAUAUAAAAGUUCUCGAGAGACUAUAAAUAGUUCCAAGAAAAAUAACUUAUAUAAAUACGUUUGAUUUUUUUAUCGGUAAAAAUUAUUACAGAGGACUAGAGGAGGUUGUUUCCUGUAAUUCUUCUGGGGACCUAUAAAAAAAAAGUAAUUCUUCUGGGGAAACUGUUUUUGUUUCUUUUUUUUCUUCUUUUUUUUUUUUCCCGGUAUGGGGUUUUAGUUACCCUGUCUGUAAUAGCCACAGCGCGACAGAGAGAGAAGGGAUUCCAUUUCGUUUGUGGCAACAGAAGCAACAGCUGCUGCAGCGGGGGAAGAAGUCGGUAUCAACCGAAACCGUACAGCUGAGCUCUGUUAGCAAAGAAGAUAACCGAAUCGGAAAAGGUCAGCGUGCCUUGUUUCCACUUACAAACCCUAAUUCCGUUUCCUUCUCAGGUUUGUGUUCCGUUCGUAAUCCGUCGAGUUAGUUCCUCAAUCUCGAUUCGAAUCUGCGCCGCCGCCACCUCUUUCUUCUCUUUUAUUUCUUUUCCCCCUCGGUCGGCUGUCCUUUUCGUCUUCCGUACCCACAAUUCAACGGAAUUUCGAGUUUUUCGGGCGACUACUGGUUAUGGAAGGACGGCUGAUUUCUGUUUUGAAUUCGCGCCAUAGUUGGUGCACUGUUCGCUGUGGUUUAAUGGCCCGAGGGACUUGUUAGUCUGGCUGCAUUAACUGGGAAUUUUAGAAUUUUGCUAGGUUAUUCAACUCUGUUUUCAGGAUUAGGGAUUGAUCAUGCGAGAUAUCUGGUUUUCAACUGUUCAACUGCUACAAAUUUGUUCAUGCAAACUGUUUUUACCUCUUUUCCUUUUUUGGGGAUUUUCUGUUCUUCCUGUAUGGAUGUCCGUUGCUUCAAUUGUUGAUGCUGCGGAAUUCGGAUGCGUGUUAGUAUAUGCAUGGUUAUUCAUCAACGGACGGCCUUCAUGCUGUUGCUUUCUCGGCUGCUUGCAGACUGCAGUACAUUUCAUUUGAUCAUGUUGGACUCCUUGCGUUUGUAUUUGAAGUUUGGAUGUCCUUUAUUUUUGCUGCAGACUUUGGCCAUCCUGCUUCUGUGAGGAGGGCUCAUGACGUCGUCCACGCAUGAUCGUUCUGAAAACAAUGAAGCUGAUGAGCAACUGAAAAACUCAGAACAUCAGAUUCAAUCUCCGCCUCCAGCAGCAGUGACACGUCCAGCCCUGAACUUUCCUUUCUCGCCUGCUCCGCAACUUGGGGCUGGACAAGCUAUGGUGCCUGCAACUUAUCCCUAUCCAGAUCCUUAUUAUAGAAGCAUAUUUGCUCCCUAUGAUUCCCAGCCAUAUGCCCCGCAGCCAUAUGGUGCUCCACCUAUGGUUCAUGUUCAACUAAUGGGAAUGCAGCAAGCUGGAGUGCCUUUGCCAUCAGAUGCAGUUGAGGAGCCAGUAUUUGUUAAUGCAAAACAGUACCAUGGUAUAUUGAGACGCCGGCAAUCACGUGCAAAAGCUGAAUCGGAAAACAAAGCUAUUAAGAACAGAAAGCCAUACUUGCACGAGUCUCGGCAUCUUCAUGCACUGAGAAGAGCUAGAGGAUGCGGUGGCCGGUUCCUCAACUCGAAGAAGAACGAGAAUCAACAGGAACAAAACAACAGCACUGGGUCGGGCAACAAGAUGGAAUCAAACAUCAAUUUGAACUCCGAUAAAAGCGAUAUGGCUUCCUCUGAAGGCAGGAGUUAAUCCCUUAGAACAGGGCAAGAGGCAGUGCAAGAAGCAACACACAAACAUACAAGUUGUUUAAGCAUCAUUACGCUUAUAUGGAACCGUUUAUCCUCCACUCUGGUCACCUAGCAUGAUAGCAUGUAUAGCAGCGUCUUUUCUCCAGUGGCGGUGAGGUGUUUAGGGUGAGUUCUGGCCUUCCGGGUAACAGGCAUUGUAAUUAUGGAGCAGAAAGGAAACAUAGGUAGCUUGGGAUGGUUUUUUUGUUUAGAAAGAAUUUUCUAUCUUGAUGGCAGAGGGAAUAGAACUGAUACCACCACUAGUUUUGCUUCGCGGUAUUGUUCGAUGCUGUGACAGGCUUGCAGGUUCCGUUGUUCACGGUUAGAGUUUCUUAUCGUCUUCUCGGUUGAAGUCUUGUAGUAGCUUAAGUUUUAGUUCAGAUGUUUAAGAAUUCAUGCACUAUUAUUAUGAUAUCUAGUUUUCGAACAGGUUGGAAUGUGAUGUUAAAAGGACGAGAGGGAGCUCUGCUCCUGGACUUGAGUCUUAGUUUCAACCACUGUUUCGAUCGGUGUUUAUGAUACCGUAUUGCAGUGCUAGAUUCUUAGUUUAUGAGGGGUUCUAUCCCUUUUUUGCUUCAACCAAACUCAGGUCGUUGCAUCCUCUAAUUCUGAAUCCAAUUCAUCAAUAGCAAAACCCUAAAAAUAUUCGUCACUCUGAAUCAUGAUUUUGUGUCCACCAAUGAUCUUUCUCCCUCUUUUGUACACGGCUUUAAUUAAUUUGUUGUUGAUUGGUCUCCUUUUGUCAUGUUAUAGGAAUUGUGGGAGGGUUUUGAUUGAUGGUCCAUCCCAACUCCCUCAUGUUGGACAAAAUUGGGUUGUUUGUCAGCUUGGCUGAUCCUUCAAGAAGAGGAUCGAAUUGGGUCGUCUAUCCAGAUUCAUGGCUUGGAGUUGCCAUGUCCCCUUCACCUUUACCACCUUUGUUCAUAUAUGUGAUCAUCUUCUACUACUCAUAAGCAUCUCAGAGCCUAACAUAUGACCAAAACCGGAAUUAUUCAAAGCAUUUCAAUUCUAUUUGCCCAUCGAGAAUGCAUCCAAAUGUAUGUAUGGAUUAUGGGUGAUGCGCGACGGGGUCAGAGUGUGACAGAAUUACGAGACCGAGGAACAUGAAAGAACACGAAUACUCAAAAAAUUUCAUGAUUUUUCUGAAUGUCUAAACUAGUACAUGCAUAGAAGUUAACAAAACCUUCCAAUCCCUCAUUCAGAGAAUGGCGAAGCAUGGGGAGAAGCAUGGAAAAGUCUUCUCCUAUCUCAUUGAGGGAAAGAAGUUUUGCUCAAAGCAGUUAUACAAGCUAUCCCUUCCUACAUCAUGUACCUCUUUCACCUUUCGGUGAACCUUACCAAGAAGAUGGAUUCCCUUCUCACCAACUUCUUCUGGUCAGGGUCAAUGCAGAAAAGCACCAUGCACUGGUGUAGGAAGGAAAUUCUUUGAGCUCCAAAAUCAGAAGGGGGUUUGGGAUUCCAAAGCUUCAAAGAUUUUAACAUGGCCCUGCUGGUAGGGGUGUACAUUGGUCGGUUGGUUCGGGUUUAACCAUUUUAAUCAUCCGAUCCAUGCACUACGGUUUGAGAAUUAUUAAAUCCAAACCCACUCUAAUUGGGUUGAGUCGGGUUGGCAAUAUUUUUAAGUAAAAACCCAACCCAACAUAAAAUAUAUAAUUAUUAUACAUCAUAAAAAUAUUUUAUAACUAAUUAAAAUUUCAAACAAAUAAACCGAGGUGAAAGGUAUCAAAAUUCACAAAUGUUAUUUGAAUUUUAAUAAAAUGUGAUUUACUUCAACAUAUGUCUAGUUUUUUUCACGAUAUUUGUUGAAAUAGGCUAAAAAGGUUAUAAACAAACGCAUCCAUGAUAUAUUAUUCUAUUAAAAUUGUACACAAGAAAAAGGAUUAUGUGAAUCAUAACUAUAUUCAAUUUAUGUCUAAACUUUAAGUCGAAGAAUGCAUUAGAUUAGGGAGACAAUGAUAGGAAAACAUGGUGAAAUAUCUUAAUUUUCUCAUAAGUAUGGCUAUAUACGACAUAAAUAUUUUUAGAUACGAACUCAUACUAAUAGUUGGAACACGGGUUGGGUCGGGUUCUACGGGUUGUGUAAUCCAAAAUCCAAACCUAACCCAAAAGAGGCGGGUUGUACAAAAGAAAACCCUCACCAAACCCAAAACCUUCAUUUUAGCGAUAAAUACGGGUGGGUUGGGUCGGGUUGGAUGGUGGGGUCGGUUUGCGGGUGUGUUUGUUCACCCCUACCUGCUGGCAAAACAAGCGUGGAGACUCCUUAAGGGUUUGUACUUUGUACUUCCCGAGAGGAGGAUUCCUACAAUCUGAAAAAGGAUGUAGAUCCUCUUGGGUCUGAGCGAGACUGUGGGAGGCAACAAAAAGUGAUCAACAUGGGAGCAAUUAAAGUCAUCGGGUCGGGGAGGAUACAUGGGUUGGUCAAGAUCUAUAGAUUCCUAGUCUUCAAAAUUUUGUCAUUGGGAGCGGCCCACAACAGAACCUGAGGGUCAAGGAAUGGAUAGAUCUAGAUAAUAGGAGCUGGAACAUGGACUUGCUUCAAUGUCAUGUGUCGAGAGCUGAAGUGGAGGCUAUCCUGAACAAUGGUCACUAUCCUUAGGACUGACCCUGCAGUUAGGAUUAAAGAGGUUCCAAGGACGUUGAACGUUGGAUCUGAUUGGGUAACACGAUCAAAAGUUAGAUUUACUCUUGCAGAUGACUGGAUUAAUAUUAUUGAUCUAAUUUCUAAUCUCCUUUAAGAUUCUAAUCGCUUUUAGCGUGUUUCGGUGGAAUAAAAGUUGGUGUUAUUGUCAGAAAAAAGAAAAGAAUAGUAGAAGUAAAAGCCAUGGAUUUUUAGAAUUUUCUUCGUCCUCAAUAAGAUAUGCCUUGUUUGUUGUGAAGGGAUUCUGACUGUAGAUGACCAACGACCAAAAAGGAUUUGUGUAACAUGCUAUCUCAUAUUAUAUUGAGUAUUGACUGUUUUCUUGAGUGUGCAUAUGUGAAAGAAUAGAGAUGUCUGCUCCUCCGGAAUGAUUGUCAUAAUAAAAUCUUUUAGCAACAUUUUUUAAUGUUGAUUUCCAAGCAACUUCUUUUAUUUUAUAAUACUCAUUAAGCACUGGGGUACAAGUUGAAUGUACAGGUUUAGUCUGUAUCAGUAAAGGAAUUUGUACGGGAAGGUAUAGUUAUAGAUUGAAUUUGUACCAAUAAGGUACAUAUUCAGUUUGUACCAUGAAGAAAUUUGUACUAAAAUGUAUAAAUGUAU